UCUUCCCUGUCUUCUCUUGGCCCUGGUUCACUUCGCCCGCCCCUUCCCUCUCGCUUCGCAAUAAUCCCAUAUAUUUCCCCUCGGGCUUAUUAUUAUUUUUAUUAUCGCCCAAUUCCCACCUCGCUCUAAUUCUUUUUCAAAUCGAUCACAGGAGCGAAACCCCUCCCCCUUUUAAACCCCAACAUCGCAUCCGAUCUAAAUGGCUUUCCACAUCGCUUGCCCCAUCACUUGCCGGCAGAUUUGCGACUGCGAGCUCGGAUUCCCGGCGGGGCUGCGCGGGGAGGCGGGGAAGGGCGCGUUCUUGGAUGAGAUCGACGCGCUCGAGGAGUUCUUGAGUGACCCGUGGACCGUCCGGCCAGACGCCGCCGAGAGGGAGGAGGAGGAGACGGUCCAGGUAUGGGUGCCUCGCGUGUCGCCGGCCGUUGCCGUGCCCUCCGCGGCCGUGGACGACAGGGGCGCCGGCGUAGGCGACGAGGUGAAGCGGGCGUUGCUGCAGCGACAGGCGCUGGCUGCUUCCCUGGCGGCAGAGGACUAUGUCCGGAGGUUGGAGGCUGGGGGUACUGCGGAGUUACUAGGAGAGGCAACUAGCAAUCUUGCUAGGGAUGAUCAAGGGGUUUCUACCGUCAAGGUCAUGUGCCAUAUUUGUUUCUCUGGGGAAAUUGAGGGAAGUGAGAAAGUUAUGAAGAUGCUAUUGUGCAAAUCGUGCAACAGGAAAUACCACAGAAGUUGCUUGAAAACAUUGGUUGAACAUAGAGAUCUAUUUCAUUGGAGUUUGUGGUCUUGCCCUGCGUGCCGCAUCUGUGAGGUCUGCCGAAGAACUGGUGAUCCCAAUAAACUGAUGUAUUGUAAAAGGUGCGAUGGCGCUUAUCAUUGCUACUGUCAGCACCCACCACACAAGAAUGUGAGCCGUGGACCUUACUUGUGUCCAAAGCACACAAGAUGUCACAGCUGUGGGUCCACCGUUUCAGGAAGUGGUCUUAGCACAAGGUGGUUUUUAGGCUAUACCUGUUGUGAUGCUUGUGGUAGAUUGUUUGUGAAAGGAAACUACUGUCCAAUCUGUUUGAAGGUCUAUAGAGAUUCUGAAACAACACCCAUGGUUUGCUGUGAUGUUUGUGAAAGAUGGGUCCACUGCCUAUGUGAUGGCAUCAGUGAUGAAAAAUAUCAGCAGUUCCAAGCAGAUCAAAACCUACAAUAUAAAUGUGCUGCAUGCCGUGGCGAUUGCUACCAGGUCGAGGAUAUAGAUGAUGCUGUUCGAGAACUUUGGAAGAGGAAAGAUAUUGCUGACAAUGAUUUGAUUGCAAGUUUGAGGGCUGCUGCAGGGUUACCAUCUCAUGAAGUGACAUAUUCAAUCUCUCCCUAUUCGGGUGAUGAGCAAAGUGGUCCAAUCAUACUUAAGAAUGAUAAUAACAAGCCCCUGAAGUUUUCACUCAAAGGGAUUAGUGAUAAAUCUUCAGAAUAUGGGAAUACCACCUCAAACAAGAAGCAAGUGAAAAAGAAAGGGUACUGGAUCAAGUUGGUUGGUAAAACAGAAGAGGCAUAUCCUGAACUUGACAAACAGGAUGAAACAAGAUCAUUAGAGUGUAAGUAUAGAGAUCAGAACAUUGAUGAAAUGACCACUUUCAGACCUGAUGGCCCAGAUAUACUUUCAUCUUCUACAGCUAGAGACCCUAAUGGUAAUGGUGUGAAAUCCUGCACAAAUCAGCUUGGUACUUUUGACCAAAGCAUGGCCAAGGAACCAGCAAGCAGUAAUGCUGAUAUGAUACCAAAAGUCAAAAUAAAAAGUAGUAAGUUGCAGGGUUUGCAUUUUAAAGAAUGUGCAGAUAAAAGUGCAAACAAGAUUGAAACUACAAGAAGUACCAAACUAGUUAUACAUAUUGGUUCAAUAAACAGAAAUGCAUCCAACUCUCCAAAAUCUGAAACUUCCAGCUGUCAUAAGGAUCAAGAUUUGGUCAAUUGCUUUGGUGCCAAAAUGGUUAAUGCAAAUGUGAUGAGAACUCCAAAGCAUGGAGUUAAAGAAAAAACAAAAGUAAAGAUUGGAAAAGUUUAUGUGAAGCCCCAGAAAAGUAAUGGUAAUGUGACUGAUGAAUGUGACCUUAAUGCUACAGAUUUAUCAGUUGAGAGGAUGAACGAGGCAAACUUUGCAGCAGAAAAUGAUACAACCGAAAGGAGCAACAAGGUUUGCCAGAAAAAGCAUUCUGCAGAUAUAUAUGUUAAGCCACAGAGAGACAGCAGUGAGAUGUCACCCUCAGAUUUUACCUCCAGUUCCUCCAAAGACCUGAAGACUUCGCUGAAGCUAAAAUUUAAGAAUCCAUGUUUUGAGCAGAAAAGCUCAUGGGCUCCUCAUGUAGAGGAAGACAACACUGUUAAGGGGCAGAGAUCAAAGAGAAAGAGACCUUCAACUGAGAAAAUGGGUGGAUGGCAGGAUGAUAGAUCAUCAAAGUUGCAUCUGGAGAAUCUUAUUGAUGAGGCAAUGGAUGCAAAUUGGAUAUUGCAGAAGUUGGGCAAGGAUGCAAUUGGGAAGAGAGUUGAAGUCCAACCAACAAAUAGUUCUUGGCAUCAAGGAGUGGUUAUCGAUGUCAACCAAAGCACUUCAUCUUUGUCCGUCCAUUUGGAUGAUGGAAGAUCUACCCUCUUGGAGCUUGGGAAACAAGGACUUCGGUUUAUUUCUCAGAAACAGAGGACAAAAUCAUGAAGUAGUUGAUGUUCCUUGCAUUGCUGAAUUCUCCAAGGGGAAGUUCACUGCUCACAUGCGCCUCCAAACUCGUGGGAUUUCAAGCUUUUUAAUUUUAGCUCCCCUGAUGGAGCUAUUCUUGUUUGGGGCUUGUUAGUCUCUGUAUUAUUGGAUAAAAAUGCCAUGAACUAACAUAUCAACAUUUGCUGAAGGAUAGAACGCCCCUGUUAUAAUUGUAACAUUUGUAUCAUCUAUUGCAUUCUUUGCUUGAGGAGUCAUCCACUCAAUUCAUCCUUUCA